GUCAACAUUAACAAACAACGUUGCUCAAAAUUACGUGAAAAUUUAGUUUAUUUAAAUUUCGAGUAAAAAUUUACACCUGUGACAAUGGAUUCGUUCAUGGAAUAUUAUUUCGACGAAGUGUUCAAUAAUUUACAGAGGGAUUGUUUGAGUGAAAGGUAUAAGAGACGUGAACUAGUGCAAUAUUUCAGUACUGUUAUAGCUGGAUGUGCCAAAGGCCACAACCUUUCAGACAACGUGACUUGCCGCCAUUUUGUCCGCGCUACUCUCCGCUACCACAACUCUUGCAAGACCAAAAAUGGAGACGUUUGCCUCAUGGGGAAAUACCACAACCUGCUCUAUAUAUCCAUGAAACUAGCCUUCGACUGGAGCCUUCAGGAUAAUGGGACUGUUGCCAGUUUGUUGGACGAACUGUACGCUUGUGAGAAGACCUUUGAACGGAUAUUUUUAGGUGCAAUCUUUGGAACAUCAGCUCCCCAUUUCCUGGCUGGUUGGAAGUCAGACUUUGCUGACAAAGAAGAAAAUAUUCACGCACUAGUUUUCUUCCUCGACCACGCAACAAAUGCUAACCUCGAAUAUACUGACGGCAUCAAUACAUACCGGUUCAUUGACGUACCUCUAGAGAGCUGUGGGAAGGCAUCUCCAGUCAGAGUCGUCAUCCAAAUGGGUGCAGCCGAAAUGCUCAUGAUUUUGUUGAGAUUCGGAGCCAGAAUUACAAUAGAAUCAGCCUCAACCCAUCCCAUAGAGACAAUACUGGACAGACUUAACGAAUACAAUAGAAAAUAUCCUUACGAGCUGGUAUCUUGUCUGAAACUCAUAAUGAGAGCCGUCCCAAGCGUGAUAAUAAAUGUAGAUAAAAGCGCCUUCAAACAUUUAGAUUUGCCAGAUGACUAUAAUUACCAAAGAAAAGUAGCACUUCAAAAGUACGGAGAUAUAAUAGAAGAUCAUUUGAUUCCGUCGACCCGAUGUGGCUUAAGACCGGCGGAGUUGAAGCAUCUUUGCCGAUGUUCGAUCAGAGAACGUCUUUGGAUGAACUUUCAAUUGCCGUUCGGAAUACAAAAACUACCUAUACCCGAGACAUUGAAGAAGUAUCUAGAUUUGAUGGAAGAUUAAUA